CAUUCAUGCGGUGCUUUAGCGCGGGCAUAGUCAGCCAGUACUGCAUCAACACGAAGCUGUCGAAGGAGCUGGAAGCUGAACGAGACGGUUUCUUGGCCAGGAACUCGACGAGAUUCAUUCACACCGUGUAAGCAAGCAAGCAAGCCAUGGUCCGAACUGACACAAAGUACAGGUGCUAAAUAACUGCGUUUCGUCGUCCCGUAUUAUUAGCAUGGUAGGGAUGCACAACGCCGCCUCCAUGGUAGCGCGUUGCGCGAGCCAGAUCGAGCAGCUCACCCAGCAGGUCGAGAAGUUCAACGGCAUCGCGUUCGACGGGGGCGUCGUCAGGGCCGGCGCCGCCGUGUACGGGCACGUCUCGGGCGAGGACCGGGCAUCGCUGGAAGCCGCUGCACAGACCAUUAGGAUCGGCAUUGCUAAUGCUUGCCAUUUUGUGAGGGCUGCGAAGGGAUUCGCAACCGAUGUGAAAAAAGAGUUGGAGCCGAAGAUCUUGAAACUCCACUCGACGGUAAUUCAAGCAAGGCUCGCAUUGGCUUCCGACGCUUACCUGAGGGAGUCGGUCCGUGGAAUUGAGACUUUGAAGCUUCUAGAAAAGAUAGAGAAGCCAACACCCGACGACCUUGCCAUCACCAUCAACGCCUUUGGCAAUCUGAUGCAGACUACGAUGCCCCUCUUUCGUGCCACGCUCGCCGUGUCGGACGACGAGCUAAGGGACAUUCUGCCCACCCUGGUCAUUGCGGGGGCCACCGCAGCAACGGCCAUCGGCGCCGGCGGCCUAGUGUACUUUGGCGUUGCGUCGUUGUUUGGCCCGGUCGGCAUCAUUGGGGCCGCAGCGAGUGCCGCCGGCCUAGCAUUUGGAUCAAUGGGGGCCAAGAAGGGAGCCGAGUGGAUGGAGAGCCAACAGAACAACCCAUCCGUCGUCCUCCUCGACGUCCAAAAGACGUUGGAGGAAUGUGCAGCCUACCUCCUCGGCCUGCUGGUCAUCUCGACCGAAGCCGAGGGCGGAGAUGACGCAGUCUUUCUUGAAAGGGUGCAACAGCUACGGUCUCAGGUCUCUAGUGACCUCGUCUUGACCCCAGAGUAUGUCAAGGCGUAUUUCAGGCAGGCGACUAAAAAGCUCGAGGGGGACAUGGGCCUCCUCAAGGUCAGGCUUGAGAAGUAUUCGGCCAAGCUCGCGGCGAAGCAGUUGAAGGAUAUUGAUCUCCUAUCGCUUUCUGGAGUCGAGGAGAGAACCGUAGUUGAGGAGUAAAGAGGUUGUGUGUUUCUAGGUGGGCUUGCAGAGAUCUGGCGAGAUGCAUAUAACAACACAUUGAUAAUCCAUGCCAGAAUCAUAAUUACCACAGUUAGUCUAGUCAACCGUUAGUCUAGUCGACAGGUGUACAGAUGACCUGUUGUUAACAAUCCCG